AUAUCAUAAACACAUUUCACAUGAAGACACAAUUCACAAAACACAAUCCUCCGUUCUCAUAAAUCUUAACACAUUUUUUUUUGCUAAAACACAAGUUGCAAAAGAACUCUGCUCAUAUUCUCAAAUGAAAGCUCAUGUGAUGCAAAAUGCUUGCCACAGUCAGCAAUAUUUGAACACAAUGAACACACCUGGCGUCAUUCAUUACACACAACGACUCAAAAUUGAAGACACUUGUUGCUAAUGCUGUGACCACAUGUACAAAAGCAAGUUCAGAGUGCACAGUUUGCUGAAGAUUCCAAACAAACACAAUGGAUGAAGGCAGAGUCAGGGGAAGAGGAAUUCGAGUCAGAGGAGGGAGAAGAGCUGGCCAUGGAAGAAGAGGAGCAGGCCAACGAGGAAGAGGAGAAGGUCCAGGAGGGAGAGCAAGACAACCUCGCACCAUCAUUACGGACAAGAUGCGAGCAACAGUCAUUGACCAUGUCAUUGUCCAUGGCAUGACAAUGGCUGAAGCAGGACUACGAGUCUGUCCAAACCUGAGUAGGGUCACCGUGGCCACCAUUAUCAGGGCAUUCAGACAACACAACAGAGUUGAAAGAAUGCCACAUAGAGGUGGGAGGGUUGCCAUAUUUACAGCGGCACAAGAAACCCUCAUUGUGGAUAUGGUUCAUGAGAACAACCUCAUCAGACUCCGGGAGAUUAGAGACAAAGUCAUUGCCGAUAAUGUCAACUUUGAGAGCAUUGAUGAUGUCAGCUUGGCCACAAUAGACCGAGUUCUCCGGCGCCAAAAGAUGCGGAUGAAACAGGUCUAUAGGGUUCCCUUUGAGCGCAACUCUGCGCGACACAAAGACCUACGUUACGAGUAUGUGCAAAGGAUAUUACAGUUGGACACGAUGGGCAUACCUCAUGAGUACCUCUUCCUGGAUGAGGCUGGCUUCAACCUGCAGAAAUGA